UUUUUUUCAAUAAACCAAAAAAGACAGUAUAAAAUAAUUUUUUUGGCCGAGAGGGAUAUUUACAAGAUCAAUAUUAUGAAAAGGACCGAAACCUAUCAAAUUAACGAAAAAAAUGAUCUAUUAACAUCCUUAAAUAUAAAAAAACUAUUCACAUGCCAGAGUCCCAAGGUACCUAAAACUGAGAUCUACUGA